AGCCACUUAACAGUAAGUAAGGGCAUAACAACAAUUGUAUCAACGCCUUUCCUUUCACGCCAAAAACAACACAAAAAUAUCAAGCUUGUUAUUCUGACUUUGGUCCUCCUCCACCUGGUAAACUCCAAAACUUGAAGGCUGCUUCACUUUCUCCUACUCCCACACCCUCGUCCUCAUAAUUCCUUCACCCCCCCCCCCCCCAAAAAAAAAGUUCUCUGCCCAAGACUGCAUCCUUUUCCUGUUUCUGGGUUCCCUUUUGUGUCCUCUUGAAGCUUAACACAAAUGAAUUUAUCAACCAUAAAUGGCAUGAUUUGCCAGCGGCUUCAUUACAUCGUCGCUUCAAAGUAUCCACAAAGAUCAAUUCUUUCUCAUGGGAACUAUAAGAAUCAUAGCGAAAUGCCAAUGAAAUGUACGAGUGAAGUGGGCGCCACUGACAAACUUAAACUCACUACAUUUGUUACAGCAGCAAAUUUGGUCACUUCCCAAGCUGCGAAUGCUUUGAGCAAUGAAAGUUUCAUGGAGGCGCCUACUUCUCUUUUUGUUUUGGCUGAUGGAAACAUUACAGAUUGGUUUGGAAGCCUUUUAUAUUCGGCUGGACAACAAGCAAAUGAAGCUGUUCUAGACCAGUUGUCUGCCCUCAGUUUUACUAGUUUGGCUGUCAUUUUUGGUGCCGGACUCGUAACCAGCCUUUCUCCUUGUACACUCAGUGUUUUGCCACUGACUCUUGGUUAUAUUGGGGCUUAUGGUUCAGGAAGAAGCAGAGCAGCAAUUGUUGGGGAUUCUCUUGCAUUUGCCCUUGGAUUGGCAACUACAUUGGCAUUGCUUGGAAUAGCAGCCUCAUUUGCUGGAAAAGCAUAUGGUCAGAUAGGCCAAGGCUUGCCAUUGGCUGCUUCUUGUCUAGCAAUUGUCAUGGGUUUUAAUCUCUUAGAGAUAAUAGAGAUUCAGCUUCCCUCAUUUUUUAACAACUUUGAUCCCCGUGCUGCCGCAGCUAAUUUUCCUUCAAGUGUGCAGGCAUAUUUGGCCGGGCUUACAUUUGCUUUAGCAGCAUCACCUUGCAGUACACCUGUCCUGGCCACCUUGCUCGGAUAUGUUGCUGCUUCCAGGGAUCCAGUAGUUGGGGGCAGUUUACUUCUUGCUUAUACAACUGGCUAUGUUACUCCUCUGCUUCUUGCUGCUUCUUUUGCUGGAGCAUUGCAGAGUUUGCUUUCUUUUCGCAAGUUUUCAGCGUGGAUUAACCCAAUGAGUGGUGCUCUGCUUUUAGGUGGAGGUGUUUAUACCCUCUUAGAUAGGCUAUUCCCAGCUACUUCAAUGGCAAUGUAGGAUUCAACUGGCACUCGAAGCAAAAUGCUGAUACUUUUAGAGCUGCUUUUUUUUCAACCAUGUGAAAGCACAAGAAGUAAGCUAUAGAUCAGAAGCAGUUGUGUGAAAGGUUAAGGUUUCUGAUAGGUACUGAACUGUAUAAACAUAUAAAACAUGGAGUUAGAUAUUGUGUAAAAUACUGCAACGUACAUUGAAAUGCACAGAAUCAGCUGAAAGGAGGGGGAAAAAAAUAUUAGACAGGAAAGCAGCAGUUUCUGUACCAACUUUCAAGUAGUACUUGAAUGCCUACUAACUAAAUUUCACGACUUUAUGGAA